GUCUUUUAAAAUCCUAAGUUACAAUGGGUGUUAUCACUUUGGAAAAUGAGUUUGCUGUUGCUGUCGCCCCGGCCAAGCUUUUCAAGGCAUACUGCCUUGAGACCGACACUCUUUUGCCUAAAAUUCUACCAGAGCACAUUAAGAAUUCCGAGAUAAUUGAAGGAAAUGGAGGGCCAGGAACCAUCAGGAAGAUCACUUUUGCUGAAGGCAAAGAACUCAGUUAUGCCAAGCAGAAGAUUGAGGCUAUUGAUGAAGAGAACUUGACAUACAGCUUUAGCCUGAUUGAGGCCAAUGUUUGGAAGGAUGCAGUUGAGAAGGUGACUUACGAGCACAAGUUCGUGCCAACUCCUGAGGGAGGUUCCAUUUGCAAGAGAACCAGCACAUAUUACAUCAAGGGUGAUGCUGAGAUCAACAAAGAUCAAAUCAAGGAUGUGUAUGGCAAAAAGACCGCAGGCUUGUUCAAGGCUGUUGAAGCCUACUUCUUGGCAAAUCCAGAUGCCUAAAUAGGCAAAUUCCCAUGUGUGUGUGCUUUUUUUC